CCCCUCACCACCUACUUCCCCUCACGACCAAACAACACAAUAAUGCUGAAACUCGGAUCUCGCGCACCACCACCCCCCCCCAUCCCCCUUCCCUUCCACUUUCAGCCAGACAAUAAUGGUAAUGGCCGCUAUUAUGAGGAUGAUGAUGACGAGACGCCUGAGUACCGCUUGAACCUCGGCGCAGAGACUCCGGGAGAGAUGACACCUUCGUUCGCCUUCGCGUGGGAGACGAAGACCACCACCACCACCACCACCACCACCCCUGCGCGGAGACGGUCCGUGUCCAGCUUGAGGAGGAGCAGCAGGCAGAGGAGGGAUGCCGUAGACAGGGACUGUGGUAUAUGCUUCGAAAGCGCAGUGGCCCCCUGUCGAACACUCUGCUGCUCCAAACUGUUUUGCCUAGAACAUAUCGCCGAUGUACGUGUCUGGCUACACGGCUCGCGGUCCGACGGACGGUGUCCGUCAUGCAAGACUCGCUGUACGCUCCGAAACGACACCAUUCUCCUCCCUGCUGUGCCGCAUCCGCAUCUGCACUCCUCUCCAACAAUACCGCCUACCCCCACCCCCAUCACGCCGCCGCCGCGAAGUCCGUCGACGACGUCCGAAGAAUCUGAGACCUCCUCGGAUGUAGGAUCGGAGACGAGCGAUGGCGAUGACGAUGUGGGCGACUACUACGCCUACGAGACGGACACUCUUGAUCUUUCCGGGACUAAGGUCGCCAGCAAGGUCUUAAGCAUCGUCGGGCUGACGCUCGUUCUCUAUGUCCUGCUGACAUGACCCCAUCCACAUCCACAUCUACAUCCACACCCACCUUUUUUCCCGGCAUUUUUUUUUUUUCCUUCUUCAACCUUCUAAUGAUGUCGUUUUUUUUGGUAUACGCUUUU